GUUCGUUCUUCCGUCGUUUUCCUCUCUCUGCUCUUCCCCCAUCCCACUUCUCAGCUCUCUGCUCUCUACGUCUCUCUCGCAAUCCAUCUUCCUCUGUGCUCCUAAACCUUAAAUCUUUCCUUGUACUCACGCAAGAAUCUCAGGAUUUUGACCUCCAAUUAUCUUACAAUUCUUUUUUUUUUUUUCGCGCUGAAAUUCAAAAUUUUGAGAGACAUUUCAUGUAAUUUCAGCUGAAGUUUCCUCAUUUCAGACCUUGAAUCAAAUCCCCAAGUGCUGCAUUUUGAAGAUUCAAGUGUUUUUUUUUUUUUUGAUAUGUCGGUGGCUGUCAAGCUUCAAUCGUCGCCAAAACCGGUUUCGGAAACGCGAGCGGUUCUUGGGCUCGCCGGAAACAGGUUUAGGGUUUCGGAAGAAACGAAACGCAAAAAGGAGUGUUUGAAGAAACCGCAGCCCCGGCCCCAGCCCCAGCCCCAGCCUCAGAAGCAUCAACCAAGAAGGUUGGCAUCCGAGAUGCCGCAGUCCGUCGUCCGGAACAAUGUGUCUGUGGACAGUUCGUGCUCUUCGGAUUCGUGUUCAAGUGGGUCUUCUGUAAGAACGGUGAAUUCCAGGGGCAGGGUGAAGCGAAAUGGGUUCAAGUCUGUAAAAGUUGUUCCAGAUGGAGUAGAAAUUGCGACUUCGUCACCAACUAUUCCGGGUCCUGUUAAGCGAUGUGAUUGGAUUACCACAAAUUCUGAUCCACUUUAUACUUCCUUCCACGAUGAAGAAUGGGGAGUUCCAGUUCAUGACGACAAGAAGUUAUUUGAGCUCCUUGUGUUAUCACAAGCAUUGGCAGAACUCAGCUGGCCAGCAAUUCUUAACAAGAGAGACACGUUUAGGAAGCUUUUUGACAAUUUCGAUCCAUCAUCUGUCGCAAGCUUCACUGAAAAGAAGUUGCUGUCACUAAAUGCCAAUGGUAUUUUGCUGUCCGAACCCAAGCUGCGUGCAGUUGCUGAGAAUGCCAAGCAGAUGCUCAAGGUUCAGCAGGAGUUUGGUUCAUUCAGCAACUACUGCUGGAACUUUGUGAACAAGAAGCCAAUAAGAAAUGGAUUCCGUUACGCACGUCAAGUGCCAGUGAAGACACCAAAAGCUGAACUCAUAAGCAAGGAUUUGAUGCAGAGAGGCUUUCGUUGCGUUGGACCAACCGUCGUUUAUUCAUUCAUGCAGGUGGCAGGGAUUGUUAACGAUCAUCUCUUAACAUGCUUUAGGUUUCACGAGUGCAGUGUUACUGCAGAUAUAAAAAAGGAUGAUGCUCAGCCCAAGAUUGAGGAGACAAAAGCAUCAACCAACUCAUCAGAUAACGAGUGCUCAUCUCGUGACUGAUUUCCCCUAGCCAUACCAUUCUAUGUUACUGACUUAUCACACAAUCCUAGUAGAGAAUAGAUGUUUUAGUUAGUGAUGUGCAGAGAGUAGCUAGGUAGUAUGUGUACUACAAGUGUUGGUGUUUGUUUGUUUUACUUUGGUCUUUUGGCAUGUCUCAUAUGCAGCUUCGUGUAGUGUGAACCUUCAAGACUAACACCCAAAUAAUUGUUCAGUUUCAAUGGAGCUGAUUUAAUGUUAUUCACUUCUGUAUGCUUUACGUA